AUGGUCGCCAUCUCAGCAUCCCUCACAUCCGCCAUCAUGGCUCUUCUCAUCACCAGCAUCACCGCCGCACCUGCCGUCCUCGAAGCUCGCGCCGACGAGCGUCUCGCCAUCACUUUCUACAAAGAAGCUGGCUCCCAGAAAUGUUUCAACCCUAUCACCGACCACCCCGAGUUCCCAGGUGGCAUAUUCCGUCCCAAAAAGGGAGACGUCAACGAGAAAUGCUACGCCAAUGUCUCGUUCAACAGUUUCGGUAUCUAUUAUGUCCAAGAUUCCAAGAGAGGUUGCCGUGUUGAGGCGUACAGCAGCCCAGUCUGCGCUCCAGGAUCCCUGGUUGCUCGUUCGGGCACCGAGGGCUGCACUGAAGCCGUCGGUGCAAAGUCUUUCUAUGUUCUCUGCGAGAACAAUGAUGGUGCAUAA